UAGUUCACAAUUUCUCGAGAGUGUAAAUAUUUUGACAUUCGAUCAGUAUAAUGGAAAAUUUGGAUCCUGUGUAAAUUCGUUUUUACUCGCGCAUUUAUGAUGGCCGAUUCUAGAAAUCCUCCUACAUAUGAUCAAGUAAUGUCUGGAAAUCAUUCUCAAAUAUUACAAGAUAUACCAGCGGUAGUUACUGUGACACCUUCUGCACCAUAUGCUCCACAGCAGAGUUAUCCAUAUCCUACACUACCUGCCCAUUCAAUGACGAAUUAUGGCUCGAUAGAUUCUACUGUUACUAAAAUACCCUCAGCUACAGGCCCAAUCGUAAUUCCGCAUGGUGCUGCGUCCGGAGGAACUGGAAUGGCUGGUACCACAACUGUCGUGAUACCUCAGGAAAUUAUCGUAGUUGGAGGUUGUCCUGCCUGUCGAAUUGGCAUGCUGGAAGACGAUUACACUUGUUGCGGUAUCUUAUGUGCAAUUGCCUUUUUCCCAGUUGGCAUUUUAUGCUGUUUGGCAAUGAAAAAUCGUAGAUGUACAAACUGUGGAGCACAAUUUUAAAAGAUAUCAAUUAAUCAAAGCUUUGGUGAUUGGAAUAAGAUCUGAAAUGUUACUGGGAACUGUCGCGUUUACUCCACUAAGAUGUAAAUGCAAGGUAUGUAUUGCCUUUUUUGAUUUGCAUAUUACUAGAUUCAAGGGAAGUUCAUAAAAGUUUAUGAAUUUUAUGUAAAUAAUGAAAUCAUGUAAACAAGAAUUCGUAUUAAAUCUAAAUAUACUGACCA